GCGCGCGCGCCGCGCCGGGGACAGCGGCCCUGCCCCUCCCGGCCCGGGCCCGGGGACCGUGCGGGGCGGGAGCUUCGGGAGCCGGCGCACGGGACUCGAACCCCAAGGACUCCUGCCGCCAGGUCCACGUGGACCCUGGGCCGCAGUGGAACUGGAGCCCGCCCCCCGCGCUUGGGGGAGGGGGCGCUGCAGCCGGGUUCCCCUUUUUGUGGAGCUCAAAGCCUGGGGAAGUGAUUGCUUAAAGGUGGGGGCCGGAAGAACCCAGGUUUCCGCGUCUCCCUCCCCCCCGCCAGCCCGGUGAGGAGAGGCCGGGGCGGGACACCCUGUCCGCCCCCGCCCCCACCCCGCUGGAUCUGGCAGCCACUCAGCCCUUCGAGCUGUAGGGGAGGCGCUGCGCCCCCGGCCCCAGCCGAUCGGGGGCUCCUGGCGCUACCCUCCCUCCAGAGCGCCGCAGGAGUCCCUCCUGCCGUCUGACUUGAGUCCCUGCUGCUGCAGUGCACGCCCCUUCGGCAGCCAGGGUGGGGCCCAGACCCAACCUGGCCCCUCCUGCCCCCACCCCGCCUUUGGGUCGCUGACCCCCAGGCUGUGGUGAGGGUCUGAGAGCUGGCACCACGGAGCCUGGGCAACCUCCUCCGCCCACCCAUGCCCACCCCGCAUGAGGCUGAGAAGCAGAACACAGGGCCAGAGGAGGCGGACCGGCCCCCUUCAAUGUCCAGUCAUGAUGCAGUUCCUCCUGCGGCCGCCAGCCGUAACCCCUGCUGCCUAUGCUGGUGCUGCUGCUGUAGCUGCUCCUGGAACCAAGAGCGGCGGCGCGCAUGGCAGGCCUCCCGGGAGAGCAAGCUGCAGCCCCUCCCCAGCUGUGAAGUAUGUGCCACGCCAAGUCCUGAGGAGGUGCAGAGCUGGGCCCAGUCUUUUGACAAGCUGAUGCACAGCCCAGCGGGACGCAGCGUGUUCCGGGCGUUCCUGCGGACAGAGUACAGCGAGGAGAACAUGCUCUUCUGGCUGGCCUGUGAGGAGCUGAAGGCCGAGGCCAACCAGCACGUGGUGGACGAGAAGGCGAGGCUCAUCUACGAGGACUACGUGUCCAUCCUGUCCCCCAAGGAGGUGAGCCUGGACUCCCGUGUGCGGGAGGGCAUCAACAAGAAGAUGCAGGAGCCAUCCGCACACACGUUUGACGACGCACAGCUGCAGAUCUACACACUCAUGCACCGGGACUCCUACCCACGCUUUCUCAGCUCUCCCACCUACCGUGCCCUGCUGCUGCAGGGGCCGUCACAGUCCUCCUCCGAGGCCUAGGCCGCCCCCAGCAGCGCAGACCCCACCGCCUCCUAUGGCCGACUCUGGGUUGCCUUCAGGUGUUGGCUGUCGGGGCACACGCCUGCAGGCCCAGCCUGGCCGGCUGGGGUCCCCACCCAUGGAGACGGUCCUAGACCCAGUGGGGAGUGCUGUGCCUCCUGGCCCUGCCCACCCGUGGCCAAGCAGGAGCUCCAGGUGCAGGGUGGGCCAGAAGCCUUCUCAUCGGCCCGCAGCUGGCUGGCCCAGUGCUCCUGGUGGGGGCUCUUGCAUGGUGAAAGUAGGGGCCCCCCCAGGAGCCAUGCUGGACCCAGGAGCCUCGUUGGGGCCUCUUCCCCAGGCAGCUGACGGGCCCCGGACAAGCCUUGGUGGGGAGCGGAACCUCUGCAUCAUGUAGUUGUGUGACAUAAGGAGACCUCCUACUUGAGCUGUCUGUACCCAGAAUCAAACCCAGAGCCUCAGAACCAGAUGUAGGACCUCAGAAUCCUGCACUCAAGGUGGCAGGACCCAAUUUCUGUUUUAUAUGUUCAUGAACUUUAAACCUGGAAACAUAUCCUUACUAGGUGUUUUAUCAAAAAAAAAAGUUUUCAUAUUUAUCUCUAACCCUAACCCCCCAAAAAUAAGAUGUCUUAUUAUUGAAGAUAUUUUUAAAGCACAA